UAUUAAAAUAAUAUAACAAUAAUAGAGCAAAAAUCCUAGUUAAUAAAUCACUCAAUCUGACAAAGAAUCAAUGAUUCCCGACAGUAAAUGCUGUGAUUCAUUGACUGGGUCGUUGUCUGUUAUGUGAAGGAAAUGUUUGGCUGUUGAUUUUUCAUUAACUAUCAGCUGCUUCGUGAUGUACUCCCACUUGUCCUGUGAAAACAAAUACAGGAGGGUUUAGUUUUUCUUUCAGCGUUGAAAGUAAAAGAGGUGGGCACGAGCAGACGCUUCUGGACUGCGGAGGGUGUGCGCGCGUGCGCUGUCUAUUAACUUUAAACGUAUUAAACAAUCUUUAUUAAUUUGUGUAACUUUACGUUUGUUUACACGGGAUUUACACUGGAUUUGACAUACUUACUUUGACAUACAGUAAGCUUUUGGAGGCGCUUGGUGAGCUGUGGCAGUAAAAAAGAAACCCGUUACCCCCAUAACAAAUAAAACCCCUUCAUAAACAUAAACUGGGCAGGAAUACAUAGCUGACCAAAUGAAAGGAGAUGCAGAGAAAACAAGAAAGAAAUGUUCACGGAGUCCCUCCAAAGCCACUUCCACUAUGUCCCUGUCUGUGCGCCCUACGCGCAGGGUCCUCAGCAGAUCCAUUACUAGGAGCCAGUCCUUCGCCGGAGUCAACUCCUACGAUAAAUCCUUCAGGCCUCUCUCUAUAUUCAGCACCCCAGGGUGUGUGAGGAAGACACCCUCCAGAGGAAGCAGAAUGUUCACGCUGUCUACUAAAUCACCUCCUCCAAAGGUGCCCCAGCCAGAGAGGCUGGAUGAAGUGUAUGAGGCCCUAAAGCGAGGACUGCAAUCCUACAUUCAGGUCCAUCAGAUGGAGCUGGACAGUCUGAACAGACAAAUGAAGGAAUCCAAAAGAAAUUCACGCUUGGGGUUUUUGUAUGAACUUGACAAGCAAGUGAAAGUGAUUGAGAGAUUUAUGAGACGGCUGGAGUUUCAUCUCAGUAAGAUCGAUGAGCUCUAUGAGGCCUACUGCAUGCAGCGCAGACUGAGAGACGGAGCCAAUAAGAUGGUGAAAGCUUUCACGGCCUCUCCAGGCAGUAGGGAGGCCAGAGAGAGUCUGUCUGAAGCUAACAAGAGCUUUAAAGAGUACACUGAGAAUAUGUGCAUGUUAGAGAGUGAGCUGGAGAAUCAGCUGGGGGAGUUUCACGUCAAAAUGAAGGGGUUAGCGGGUUUUGCACGCCUUUGUGCAGGAGAUCAGUAUGAGAUUUUUAUGAAGUAUGGUCGACAGCGGUGGAAACUGCGGGGUCGAAUUGAAAUCAAUAGCAAGCAAGUGUGGGACAGUGAGGAGAUGGUCUUCCUCCCCCUCAUCACAGAGUUCCUGUCUAUAAAGGUGACUGAGCUAAAGAGUCUGGCCAAUCAUGUGGUAGUUGGGAGUGUAUCCUGUGAGACUAAGGACCUGUUUGCUGCCCUGCCCCAAACAGUGGCUGUGGAUAUCAAUGACCUGGGCACCAUCAAACUUAGUCUAGAAGUCUCCUGGAAUCCAUUUGACAAAGAUGACCAGUCAUCCUCAGCUAGCACAGUGAACAAAGCUCCUACAGUCAAUAAACGCUUUUCAACGUACAACCAGAGUCCUCCGGACACACCUUCUCUACGAGAGCAGGCCUUCUAUACAGCUCCACGGAGCAUGAUGUCCAAACAUCGCUGGUCCCUACUGGACGUUUUCCGGGACACUUUGACAGAGAAACUGACUCAGAGCUGCUCCUGCAGCGAUGUCAACUCGGUUCGCAUGGGGUUCUCUCUGCCUUCCAGCAAUAAUAUGUUGCGGAGACAGGAAGAAAUGGAGAACGGAACAGCGUGGUCAAACUCCUCCGAAUCCUCGGACGAUUCCUCCAGUCCUCAGCUUUCCGCCGGAAUGCGGCACGCUCAAAAAAACUUAGUUCAGCCUGCGGUACAAGCUGCUCCGCCAGCCAUCGAAAUCUCCUUUGCCCCUCGUGAAUCGGCGACCUCCACUCCCACCCGCCUGGCCAAUCAGAAGGAAGAGGAUGAGGACGAAGAUGAGGAAGAUCUGAAGAAACCAGCAGCCACUAUAAUAGACACCACUGUUGCUCCUGUGAAACAGGAAGUGCCCAAUGGUCAUCCCCGGUAUUCUCGAUCUCUCAGUCACAUUAGCGAGAAAAGUGCAGAUGGUGUUGUGACAGAUAGGUUGUGUGGGGAAUCCUUGGAGACCACUGAGGUGACCUCGACAGCCCCCUGUUUAUUAGAAAGUGAGGAUAUUCCACAUCGGGCAGAACCAUGUUUUGUUGUUCCAGAAUCUCAGGAGAUCUGUCCCGUUCCUGAUGCCACCACCACCACCAAUGAGCCAUCCUGCACCGCUGAACCACAGAACUGUACAGAAAGUAGCACAACGUGCGAAUCAGCUACUUCUGAAAAAGCUAGACCCAGCGACACAUGCAAAGAGGACGACUCUUCCCCUAAUGCUUUGUCAAAGCAGAUGAACACUGAAGUUAGUAGGACUGAUGACCACACAAAGACAGAAACAAACAAUUUACUAGUCAAAAAGUCUGAUUCUUUAUCAGAAACUAGACCUACGGACAGUUUGGAGGCACAAUCGCCAGAUUCCUGUUUGGGGGAGGCUCUUAGUGCUGUUAUGUCCUCCCUUGAUGAUUAUAGAGGCCAGUUUCCAGAACUCCAGGUCUUAGAACAAGAGCUGAAACUACUAGAAGAGGCGCUAAGAGCACGGAGUCGCAGUCGUUCGUCCAGUGUCAGUUUGACAGUCGAGACAGCACUUGGAAGCUUCGACUUUCUCAAUACAUCAGACCUGGACGACGAGGAAGAGGAGGAGGAUGGUGAGAGACAGAAUGUGACAGACAGCACUAAGGAGCAGCCAGCGGCUGUGGAGAGCACAGAGGAGGAUGAAGGCUGUGAAGCACCAUGUUGGGACACUCCCUCUACUCCUCUCAGCACAGGAUGCCCGACUCUAGAUCACACCCUGCUGGUUCAUCUGAAGAACUGCAGCUCACAACUGCUGAGGUUAGGCACAUUCGGGCCUCUACGCUGUGGGGAGAUGUAUGCUCUUGACCGUCUUCUCAGGGAGGCACGAGUCCUCGAGCUCAUUCGAUGGGUUGUCAAGGACUCAAAGACUGGGGAGAGCCAACCAGAGGAGGUUGUUCCUCAGUUAGAUCAGUGUCAAGGGGCUGUGUUGCUAUGGAGGCAGUGUACGGAUGGCUGCAGUGUGUACAGCACCUCCACAGAGACUUUCAUACAGACACUCAUCAAUGCUUACGCCAGCAGACUCCCAGAGAGAGGCGCUGGUUUUUCGGAUACAGUGUUUCUGCAUCUGGUGGAACGUAUCCUGGAGAGAAAGUUGCCUAGACGUGGAGGUACGGCCAAAGAGACUCUCACGCUCUUCCAGUUCUGGAGCUACCUGGAAGCAGAUGGAGUGAAUGACCUGGAGGCACACAUUCCUGAGCUUGCUGAAGAAGUGUGGCUUGUUCAAUGCCUGCAGUCUGAAGAUCAAGAUGUUCUGGUGAGGUCUUUGAAGAAGCCUCCAGAAUGCAGUCUAAAGAGGGAGGGCUUACGAGCAGUCAGUAUGCUGUUGAGGGACCCUAGGGGAAAGGUUUCCAGUGCGGCCAGCUCCUUGCUACGGAGUCUAGCCGAUCAAACACGUCACAGGGAGAGGGCACUGGUGAGCUGUCUGGAGCUCUUGGAGGAUAAAAGCAUUGAGACUCGGGUGUGUGGAUGUAAAGCACUCGCAUGUCUGAAGGCCAAAGAGAGCAUUGAGCAGCUGGUGUAUCUGUGCAGGACAGAUAAAGAGGAUGUGCGGGAUGCUGCCAAACAAGCUCUGCUUGUGCUAGGUGAGGAGGGGAAGGUGGCUCAUCGACAGAUCGAGUCGUCACAAGAUGGAAUGUCUCGCCUUUUUUCACCUGGCAGUAUGGCCAGUACAGCUUUCUAACACAAUCAGAAGAUCAGAAAAAAUAUACUCGUAUCUCGGAAUACUCACUGUCAUGAUCAUGCCAAUUAAAACUUUUAAAUGUACACUAUUAAAAACGCAAAAGUACACUAUUCACUGUACAAGUGCAGUUUCAAAUGACAAAUCGGUGUGAUCCCACUCUCAUGGAGAGUGUCACCAGUGUCCUCGAAGACAUGGACUGAUACAAUCAAUGAACGAGAAGAUUUGUACGUCAGUGCGUUUGUUGUUAAUAUUUUGAUGAUGACCUAAGAUAAACUACUGUAAAGUGAUAAAAGAUGUUGCAUAGAGAGUAUGGGGUGGUAAGAGGUUUAUAAAGAAUGUUUUGCUGCCUUAUUUUUUGGCCCAAUGGUGUUGCCUUCACAAUUCAAGAAAGCAGGAACCUGAACAGCAAUACAAGUGGUGACUGUAUUGAUAGUGAUGGGAGAUUAAAGAAAAGUGUUAUUUUCUUGAUGCAAACAGGCAGUAUGUGAUUAUCCACUUUGUAAAGAUUGCUUAUGUGUGUACAUAUUGUUUGAAGAAUGUAUGUUGGUAGUUAGGGGGGGGUCACACCUCAAGAAAGUAGGAUGGGGAUUACGGAGAGCAUUUCCUUAAUCCCAAAAUAUCAUGGGACCUUGUUGCCAUCCCAAGUGUAACAGUGCCAUCAUUCCAUAAUGUCAUAUUGUUUAUUGAUGCAGAUUAUAUAUCUAUAUCCCAUUGGAAGUGUAAAUGUUUGUGUUUAAGUUUAAAUGUUAAAAUAAUCAAUAGCAAAUGCAUUUGUUGGAUUCACAGUGCACUUCCUUAGAUUUAUGCCACUGGCAAUGUAGUAUCUGCUGUAAAAGUGGUGAAGCUGUUCUUUUUUUUUUUUUUUUGAAAAUGUCACCAUUAUUAUGAGUGAAAGAUGUAAACCGUGGUGAAUUCUGCCUUUUGCAGUGGGCUCAGUCAAAACUCCAUGCUUGUGAUAUUUAGUCAUGCUUAUCUCGGGCAUUUCCCUAGUGCUGCUAGACAUAAAGGUUCUGAGUUGGAACCAGGCAUGGUUUAUUUUUUACAUAACACCAUUUUCUAGCUUUGUUUCAGACUUACAUGACAAAGAAUGCCUCUUCAGUGUAUAAGUGCCUCAAAUUAGUAUGGGGAGCAAGAGAUUGAGAUAGAUAUUAUUUAAAACUUAAGACUGUGGUUUAGGAUUCCAAAACUGCAGGACAGAUUUAAAUAUAUUUUUCAUUAUUAUCUACAGGUUGUGCAGCAUUAAAGAAUUGAUUUACUUUUAUUUCCUCUAAAUAUGUAUAUUGUCUGACAACGAUAUUGCUGACAUCAACUGUAAAGGAAACGAUUAAAAUGAUAAACUCUAAAA